AUGAGUGAAGCAGACAGACAGGGUGAAAGGAGGAAAUGGACAGCUAUUACAACUGAUGGUAAGCCCAAGAUAAUUGAUAUAAUUGAUACAACAGGCAGUGGUGAUGUAACUACCUGUACCAUUGUAGAACCUAAAGAUGGGGAAAUUCUUGGUCUUUCUGGAAGAACUUUAAAGAUUCCAGCAAACUGGGUAAAUCCUUCAGGCAAAUACCACAUUGGCAUAAAAAAUGGCUAUGAUAUCUAUCCUAAAGCUCUUAAGGAGAGGAUUCAGAAAGAACGCAAGGAGAAGCUCUGGGAUCCUGUUCACAGACUGGCUCUAGCAGAGGCCUGUAGGAAACAAGAAGAAUUUGAUGCUGCUCAUAGCUCUCCCUCCCAGGUAAAUAAGCUAAUAAAGGAAGAACUUCAAAAUCAAGUGGAACUGUUAAAUUCUUUUGAGAAAAAAUAUAGCGAUCCUGGCCCAGUGUAUGAUUGUCUAGUAUGGAAUGAUGGUGAGACUUGGAGAGCCUGCAUAGAUACAAGUGAGAGUGGCGACUUAACUAGCUGUACAGUGCUGAGAACCUAUAAAGAGGCUCAGGAAUAUGGAUCUUUUGGAACAUCUGAGAUGUUGAAUUAUUCUGUGAAUAUAUACGAUGAUGGAAACCUUCUUUCUAUUGUGACAAGUGGAGGAGCACAUGGAACACACGUGGCUAGUAUUGCAGCUGGAUACUUUCCAGAAGAACCAGAACGAAAUGGUGUGGCUCCUGGAGCUCAGAUUCUUGCAAUCAAGAUCGGCGAUACGAGACUAAGUACAAUGGAAACUGGCACCGGUCUAAUAAGAGCUAUGAUAGAAGCAAUAAAAUACAAAUGUGAUCUUGUCAACUAUAGCUAUGGAGAGGCAACACAUUGGCCAAAUUCUGGGAGAAUUUGUGAAGUAAUUAAUGAAGCAGUGUGGAAACACAACGUAAUCUAUGUUUCGAGUGCAGGAAACAAUGGCCCUUGCCUCUCUACAGUAGGAUGUCCUGGUGGGACUACAUCUAGUGUAAUAGGUGUUGGUGCCUAUGUGUCACCUGACAUGAUGGUUGCUGAAUACUCUUUAAGAGAAAAACUGCCAGCAAAUCAAUAUACUUGGUCAUCCAGAGGGCCUAGCACUGAUGGAGCCCUUGGAGUCAGCAUCAGUGCCCCAGGAGGUGCUAUUGCUUCUGUUCCAAACUGGACUCUGCGAGGAACACAACUCAUGAAUGGCACUUCCAUGUCUUCUCCCAAUGCAUGUGGAGGCAUUGCAUUAGUAUUGUCAGGACUCAAAGCUAAUGAUAUUCAUUACACUGUUCAUUCUGUCAGAAGAGCUUUAGAAAACACUGCAGUGAAAGCUGAAAACAUAGAAGUAUUUGCACAAGGACAUGGUAUUAUUCAG